CAAGACACAUUCCUUCGCCCACCUGCGUCUCUCCAGUCAGACUUAUCGCACCCUAUCCACGUCUCAUCAGCUGCAUCGUCUACCUCUUCAGAACACUCUAACGAAAACCUCGGAUUCUAUUCGCAACCCUCAUCGCCCCCCCUCCACUCCACUCCCAUUCUGGAUGACCUAGACGAGAUCAUGUACCCCAACUCCUCUUCGUAGCCUUUUUCUUCCCCUUUGAACCCUUUCAUUUUGACUUCUACUUUUCCUACAGAUCUUGUUUCCCACCCACCCUCCCUCCUUCCUUCCAUCUUCCGUCCUUCUCUCAUCUCACUUACUGGCCAUUUUUUCCCCUUGGAAUUAUCACCUCUCCCGCUGGGCAAUAACCCCCAUCACAACACCCGUCCGUGCACAUACCGUCCGCUACGAAUACGAGGAGGGGAGAAGAAAAUUACGGAAACGACAAAUCCAUAAAAUAAAACGAAAAUUGAGAAGAAAAAAAUUUAAAAAAGUUGAAAAAUCACAAUGCCUCCUACGCGGUCGAAUCUUUACACUUCUACGCUCCAUGGUCCGCCUCAACAGUUCGCGCCGCAACAACAAGGCGGGCAUCCGAUGGGUGCCGGUGGGGGUGGGGGUGGUCAUGUAGGUCAUAAUCCGCUGUUGGGUGGGGAUAGGUUCGGUCAACCUCCACAUCUUUUGUUCAAUAACGCCCAGCCACAAUCUGCCGCUGCCGUCGUAAGAGCUCAACAACAGCAUCAACAGCAGCAGGCUCAGGCUGCGCAAUUACAACAACAGCAACAGGCCAUCAUUGGGCUUAUUGGGCGCAGCGGCGGAGGGGUUAGUGCUGCAGGAUUGGGUGGGGUGGUAGGGAGAGCGGGGGUUGGUGUUGGACCUAGCGGUGGAAUGGCCAUUGAUGUGAGGGGCCCGGUGACCACGCCACCGGAACGCUCCAUGAUCAGGGACGUUUGGGCUCAGGAUCUGGAUAAGGAGAUGGCUGUGUUGCGGGAUUUGGUCGAAACAUACCAGUAUGUUGCUAUGGAUACCGAAUUCCCUGGAAUUGUUGCACGCCCGAUCGGCAACUUUAAAUCAAAGGCUGAUUACCAUUACCAGACCCUCCGUUGCAAUGUAGACAUGCUAAAGAUUAUCCAAUUGGGCAUCACCCUGGCCGAUGAGAAUGGGAACCUUGCUAAGAUCGAUGGAUCAGUUUGCACCUGGCAAUUCAAUUUCAAGUUCUCUCUCAAUGACGACAUGUAUGCACAGGAAUCUAUCGACCUUCUAACCAAGUCUGGUAUCGACUUUGCCAAACACGCGGAGCAUGGAAUUGACGUGUAUCAAUUCGGCAAUCUCCUCAUUAGCUCCGGCUUAGUUAUGUACGACGACGUCAAGUGGAUUUCUUUCCAUUCCGGUUACGAUUUUGGCUACCUUGUUAAGAUUAUGAGUUGCCUCCCCCUCCCUAAGGAGGAGAGUGAGUUCCGUAACCUUCUAAGCAAGUACUUCCCAGCGCUUUACGAUAUUAAAUUUCUUAUGAAGAGUUGUCGCACUCUCAAAGGGGGACUGCAAGACAUUGCGGAAGAGAUGGGCGUUUCGCGGGUCGGACCGCAGCACCAGGCUGGCAGUGACAGCCUUUUGACUGGGAAUAUCUUUUUCGAGAUGCGGGAAAAGUUUUUUGAUGGGAAGAUUGAUGAUGCCAAGUAUCUCGGACAAGUGUGGGGCCUUAAUGGGGCGGGAAUUUCUCCACCAAAUAUCAACGGAGUCGGAACCGUAGUUUACAAUAAUGGCGUCCCCGUGCCGUCAACUCCCACAACCGACCGAAACAGCCAGAACCCGCCCACCCCAGGCAGCACGACCCCCAGCCAGCAGCAGCAGCAACAGCAGAAUGGCCAACCAGGGACCCCCAACCAGUACAAUUUGCAGUACGGGAAAAUAGGAGGAAUGUAAUUUUUGCCGUUGACUGAAGGAAUAAACUGGGAAAUCGAAAAUCGAAAACACUGAAGCUAAAGGGCUGGUGAAGGCCGUGAAUUACCAUUUUUUCUUUUCUUUUACUCCUUUUCCUUUUUCUGAAAAAUUACUGUUUCGGGGCUUGGUUUCCUUGGUUUGCUUGGUUUGCUUGGCUGGUUGCAAGUUUUUCUCGUCUCCCUGUAAAUCGGUGUUUUGUUUUCCUGCAGGUCUCUCGAAUUCACAUACAAUGUUGUUUCAUCUCCAUGUCACUGUUGGAUCUUGGUUUUUUUUCCUAAUUGCUAGCGAUAGUGUGCCGGGUGCGGUGGUGUACUGUAAUUAUAGGGGUUCUGAAAGAUGGUAUUUACUCAGGAUCGUGAUA